UGGGGGAGGGUCCCGGGUCCCCGGCUCCGCCCGAUCCCUCCCCGCCUUUUAGGCGGCGGCUCUGGGUUGGGACGUCUCAGUGCCUCCUGGUCCAUACACCCAGUCGACCACCCGGCUCCUUCCGAACCCCGUCCGCACAGUCCAUUUGCCCCAGUUCAGCCUCUCCAGCCCACUCCCAGCCGCAGCCAUGGACGCCAUCAAGAAGAAGAUGCAGAUGCUAAAACUCGACAAGGAGAACGCCAUCGACCGAGCCGAGCAAGCAGAAGCCGACAAGAAGCAGGCGGAAGAUCGCUGCAAGCAGCUGGAAGAAGAGCAACAAGGACUCCAGAAGAAGCUCAAAGGAACAGAGGAUGAGGUGGAAAAGUACUCGGAGUCUGUGAAGGAUGCCCAGGAGAAGCUGGAGCAGGCUGAGAAAAAAGCCACCGAUGCUGAAGCAGAUGUGGCCUCCCUGAACCGGCGUAUCCAGCUGGUAGAGGAAGAGUUGGACAGGGCCCAGGAACGUCUGGCCACAGCUCUCCAGAAAUUGGAGGAAGCAGAGAAAGCAGCAGAUGAGAGUGAGAGAGGAAUGAAGGUCAUUGAGAACCGGGCCAUGAAGGAUGAGGAAAAAAUGGAACUACAGGAGAUGCAACUAAAGGAAGCCAAACAUAUUGCAGAGGAUUCCGACAGAAAAUAUGAGGAGGUGGCCCGGAAGCUGGUGAUCCUGGAGGGAGAGCUGGAGCGCUCAGAAGAGAGAGCAGAGGUAGCUGAGAGCCGGGCCCGGCAGCUGGAAGAAGAGCUCCGAACCAUGGACCAGGCCCUCAAGUCCCUGAUAGCCUCGGAGGAGGAGUAUUCCACCAAAGAAGACAAAUAUGAAGAGGAGAUCAAACUGCUGGGAGAUAAGCUGAAGGAGGCUGAGACCCGGGCAGAGUUUGCUGAGAGGUCUGUGGCGAAGCUGGAGAAAACCAUUGAUGAUCUGGAAGAUGAGGUCUAUGCCCAGAAGAUGAAGUACAAGGCCAUCAGUGAAGAGUUAGACAACGCCCUCAACGACAUCACUUCUCUCUAGGCUGAGCUCCAGACCGCUGGGCCUGGCCCUCUCUCUCCUCUGUUCCCCUUUUCUCAUCUUCUUUCCAUUCUCAUGGGGAGGUGGAGCCGGAGGCGUCCGAGCUGCUGACCUCGAACAGAAAGCCAGGCUGGGAGUUGGGGGGAGUCUGGCCAGAACCACCAUUGCCCGCACUCCCACCCCCGCCUGCUAUUCACUCUCUAGCCAUCCAUCUACAUCUGCUAUUUAAUAAACUUUCAACUUGGA